AUGCCACAACACAUUACAUCGUUCUAUGAGCCUGCGUGGAAGCCUUAUCCCUACCCUGUACCACCAAAUGCAGCAGGUCCGGUGAAACACUCAUAUGCAGCCGAGCUAGAAGCAGAAUUGGCAAAACAAUCACAUCCAUCAUCUGAAUUUUGUUCAUGCUUUUGCUGUCCAUGCUGCCCAUGCAUGCCAUCAUGGAUGCGGUGUGUAUGUUGUAUUGGAUUUUUGCUCUUGUUGGCAAUUUCGGUCACAGCUGGUGUCCUUGCAGCCAUGUUCAAGAUGCCCAAAGUCGAACUCAACAGGGUAGUGGAUCAUCCAGCAGGUCUCGAAAGGUUUCAACAACAAUCCACCUCUCAAAUGGCAUUUGAGAUUAAUGUCGGCCUCGAUAUUGGCGUGGUUAAUCCCAACAUUGAAAGUGCUGCUUUCGAAAAGCUCAAGGCUACUGCUUAUUACCCAACCAAUCCACGACAGCCUGUAGGUGGCGGUGAACUCACUGAUAUCAUUAUUGGCGCUCAAGCUACGACCAACUUUACGUUUCCAUUCCAGAUCAAGUACGAUCAAUCAAAAGAUCAAGAUCAGAAGAUGUUGCUUGACCUUUCUCAAAAAUGUGGGCUCACUGGUGCACCAAAAAAGGAUAUUGCUAUUAAUUACUCACUGACACCAACGAUCAGCAUCCUUGGUUUUCCAUUCUCGUUCACAAUCAAUAAUGCUGCAAGGUUCCCAUGUCCCAUUGAUGAGGGGUGGUUGCAAGAGAACAAUGGGACUCUACCCAAAAAAUCUUGA